AUGGUAGAUUUUGAUCAAGAAAUUGGCGAGAAACUCAUCUUCAUCCCUUCCAAAUCUCCUACUUUACCAUUAUUUUUGUUGCAUCAUCAACUCAAUGAAAACACUACAACCGUUAUCUCCUAUCUUGCUUUAUUUUCAACAUCGCUGAAGCUAACUCAAGGGAAACAUUUGAGAAAGUUUGUUAAAACUGAGAUGGGCUUAAAGGUGGAUCCCAAUUUCCUUAUUAUAAUGGGGGGCUUUAUACCUAUGGAAACGGAAAGUAAGGCAAAGGAUGAUUCUCAUAUUUUUUUCAUGACAAUGUACCGUCGCCGCGAAUUCACUAUUAAUUUCCAUUUGUAA